AUGGCGUAUGCACAUGCAGAAGAGCCUCCUUCUUGUGAAGCGGAUAAAUCCAAUUCUCUGUUGCCCACCACCAGCUGCGGUUGUUCCCGGCUAUCGUGCUUCGGAUCUCGCCGAACAGCCGCCGGCGGGCCGUCAUGGUGGGAGCGGAUUAGGGCGUCGGAGGUUCACAACGAGGGGCGCUGGUGGGCGCGAGGCGUUAGGGUUCUUUUGAAGCUCCGAGAGUGGUCGGAGAUCGUCGCUGGACCGAGAUGGAAGACUUUCAUUCGCCGAUUUAAUCGGAAUAGAAGUGGUGCUACUGCUGCUGCUAGGCCUGGAAAAUUUCAAUACGAUCCGUUGAGUUACGCUAUGAAUUUCGACGAAGGCUCGGGGCAGAUAGGGGAAUUGGACGACGAUAUCGAUGAUUUCAGUGGAUUUCGAAACUUCUCUGCUCGCUACGCUUCGAUUCCGGGGUCGUUGAAGACUGCAGGAACCACUGUUUUGGGGAAGGAUGCUCCUACCGUCGAGUAA